CUCUGCCCCCCGGGCCCGGCGCGGCGCCCCCCUGCACCCGCGGCCGCGCGAGUGGACCCUCACCUUGCGCAGCCCGCUCGCCUCGCCCCUCCCCUCCCCUCCCGGGCUCCGCUCCCCACCCCACCCCCACGCCCGCCCCCUCCUCCCCGCCGCUUUCGGCUGGGGUCUGGGGCCGCUCGGGCGCUCGCAGAACUUCCUCUCCGGCAACCGAGUUCUCCUCGUCCCGCCUCCCGGGCUCUCGGGCAGCCGGAGCGCGCGCGGGCGGCCGCACCGGGCGAGCCGCACGGCCGGGGGCGGGCGCCGGGGCCGCCGGCUCGGGCCCGCGAUGGCGGGGCCCUGGCUCAGGUGGGGGCUGCUGCUCUGGGCAGGGCUGCUCGCGUCGUCGGCGCACGGCCGGGUGCGGAGGAUCACGUACGUGGUGCGCCCGGGCCCCGGCCUGCCGGCGGGCGCCUUACCCCUAGGCGGGCCCCCGCGCCCGCGGACCUUCAACGUCGCGCUCGACGCCAGGUACAGCCGCGGCUCUGCGGGCGCCGGCGCCCCCAGCCGCGCCUCCCCGGGGGCCCCUUCGGAGCGGACGCGACGCACGAGCCAGCCCGGCGGCGCGGCCCUGCAGGGGCUCCGGCCGCCGCCACCGCCGCCGGAGCCGGCGCGGCCCGGGGCCCCCGGCGGGCAGCUCCACCCCAAGCCCGGCGGUCACCCGGCGGUCGCCCCGUUCGCCAAACAAGGCAGGCAAGUCGUGCGCUCCAAAGUGCCGCCAGAGAGCCAGAGCGGCGGGGGCUCGAAGCUGCAGGUUCAGCAGAAGCAGCAGCUGCAGGGGGUCAAUGUCUGUGGAGGGCAGUGCUGCCAUGGCUGGAGUAAGGCGCCUGGCUCCCAGAGGUGCACCAAACCAAGCUGUGUUCCACCGUGCCAGAAUGGAGGGAUGUGUCUCCGGCCUCAACUCUGUGUGUGUAAACCGGGGACCAAGGGCAAAGCCUGUGAAACCAUAGCUGCCCAGGACACCUCGUCACCAGGCUUUGGAGGUCAGAGUCCCGGGGCUGCUUCCUCCUGGGUCCCUCCUGAGCAAGCAGCAAAGCGCACUUCACUGAAGAAGGCAGACAGUCUACCACGAGUCAGUCCGGUGGCCCAGAUGACCUUGACCCUCAAGCCGAAGCCUUCAGUGGGACUGUCCCAGCAGAUUCAUUCUCAAGUGACACCCCUUUCCUCACAGAAUGUGAUGAUUCAUCAUGGCCAGACCCAGGAUUACGUGCUCAAGCCUAAGUACUUUGCAGCCCAGAAGGUGAUUUCGGGAGAGCAGUCCACGGAAGGUUCGUUCCCUUUGAGAUACGGGCAGGGUCGAGUCCCGGCACCUUUUCAGUUGAGUAACCACACUGGCCGCAUCAAGGUGGUCUUUACUCCGAGCAUCUGUAAAGUGACCUGCACCAAGGGCAGCUGUCAGAACAGCUGUGAGAAGGGGAACACCACCACUCUCAUUAGUGAGAAUGGUCACGCUGCUGACACCCUGACGGCCACGAACUUCCGAGUGGUCAUUUGCCAUCUUCCAUGUAUGAAUGGCGGCCAGUGCAGCUCAAGGGACAAAUGCCAGUGCCCUCCGAAUUUCACAGGGAAGCUUUGUCAGAUCCCGGUCCACGGUGGCAGCGUGCCAAAAUUGUAUCAGCAUUCCCAGCAGUCAGGCAAGGCCCUGGGAACCCAUGUAGUUCACUCCACUCAUACCUUGCCUCUUACCAUGACCAGCCAACAAGGAGUCAAAGUGAAAUUUCCUCCCAACAUAGUCAACAUCCAUGUGAAACACCCUCCAGAGGCUUCAGUCCAGAUACAUCAGGUUUCAAGAAUUGAUGGCCCAACAGGCCAGAAGGCAAAAGAAGCUCAACCAGGCCAAUCCCAAAUCUCUUACCAAGGGCUUCCUGUCCAGAAGACCCAGACAGUACAUUCCACGUACUCUCACCAGCAAGUCAUCCCUCAUGUCUAUCCCGUGGCUGCGAAGACACAGCUUGGCCGGUGCUUCCAGGAAACCGUUGGGUCACAGUGUGGCAAGGCGCUCCCUGGCCUUUCAAAGCAGGAGGACUGCUGUGGAACUGUGGGUACCUCCUGGGGCUUUAACAAAUGCCAGAAAUGCCCCAAGAAGCCGUCUUAUCAUGGAUAUAACCAAAUGAUGGAAUGUCUACAAGGUUACAAGCGGGUUAACAACACCUUUUGUCAAGAUAUUAAUGAAUGCCAGCUCCAGGGCGUGUGCCCUAAUGGUGAGUGUUUGAAUACCAUGGGCAGCUACAGAUGUACCUGCAAAAUGGGAUUUGGGCCGGAUCCUACCUUUUCGAGUUGUGUUCCGGAUACCCCUGUGAUCUCUGAAGAGAAGGGGCCCUGUUACCGUCUGGUCAGUUCCGGAAGGCAGUGUAUGCACCCUCUGUCUGUUCACCUCACCAAGCAGCUCUGCUGUUGUAGCGUGGGCAAGGCCUGGGGCCCACACUGUGAGAAAUGUCCCCUUCCAGGCACAGCUGCUUUUAAGGAAAUCUGUCCUGGUGGAAUGGGUUAUACGGUUUCUGGCGUUCAUAGACGCAGGCCAAUCCAUCACCAUGUAGGUAAAGGACCUGUAUUUGUCAAGCCAAAGAACACUCAACCUGUUGCUAAAAGUACUCAUCCUCCACCUCUCCCAGCCAAGGAAGAGCCAGUGGAGGCCCUGACCUUCUCCCGGGAACACGGGCCAGGCGUGGCGGAGCCAGAAGUGGCAACUGCACCCCCUGAGAAGGAAAUACAUUCAUUGGAUCAAGAGAAAACCAAACUUGAGCCUGGUCAACCCCAGCUUUCUCCAGGCAUCUCAACUAUUCACCUGCACCCACAGUUUCCAGUAGUGAUUGAAAAAACAUCACCUCCCGUGCCUGUGGAAGUAGCUCCCGAAGCUUCUACAUCAAGUGCCAGCCAAGUGAUUGCGCCUACCCAAGUCACAGAAAUCAAUGAGUGUACUGUGAACCCCGAUAUCUGUGGAGCAGGACAUUGCAUUAACCUACCCGUGAGAUAUACCUGUAUUUGCUAUGAGGGCUACAGGUUCAGUGAGCAACAGAGGAAAUGUGUUGAUAUUGAUGAAUGCACUCAGGCCCAACAGCUCUGCUCCCAGGGACGCUGUGAAAACACUGAGGGAAGUUUCUUGUGUAUUUGCCCAGCAGGAUUUAUGGCCAGUGAGGAGGGUACUAACUGCAUAGAUGUUGACGAGUGCCUGAGGCCAGAUGUGUGCGGGGAAGGGCACUGCGUCAAUACUGCGGGGGCCUUCCGGUGCGAAUACUGUGACAGCGGGUACCGCAUGACCCGGGGCGGCCGUUGCGAGGAUAUUGAUGAAUGCUUGACCGCAAGCACUUGUCCAGAUGAGCAGUGUGUGAACUCUCCUGGGUCUUACCAGUGUGUUCCCUGCACAGAAGGGUUCCGAGGUUGGAAUGGGCAGUGUCUUGACGUGGACGAAUGCCUGGAACCACAGAUCUGCACAAACGGCACGUGCUCCAACCUUGAGGGCUCCUACAUGUGUUCAUGCCACAAGGGUUAUUCUCCAACGCCAGACCACAAGCAUUGCAAAGAUAUUGAUGAAUGUCAGCAAGGGAAUCUGUGCGUGAAUGGGCAGUGCAGAAACACGGAAGGCUCCUUCAGGUGCACCUGUGGACAGGGGUACCAGCUGUCAACGGCGAAAGACCAGUGUGAAGAUAUUGAUGAGUGUCGGUACCAUCAUCUCUGCAGUAAUGGACAAUGCAGGAACACAGAGGGCUCUUUCCUCUGUGUUUGUGACCGAGGCUACAGAGCAUCCGCCCUUGGGGACCACUGUGAAGAUAUCAAUGAAUGCUUAGAGGACAACAGUGUUUGCCAAGGAGGAGACUGCAUUAACACUGAAGGGUCCUAUGAUUGUACUUGUCCAGAUGGAUUCCAGCUAAAUGACCAUAAAGGAUGUCAAGAUAUUAAUGAAUGCGAACGACCCGGACGCUGCGGUCCUCGUGGAGAGUGUCUCAACACAGACGGUUCUUUUCACUGUGUCUGCGAACAGGGUUUCUCAAUUUCUGCAGAUGGCCGUACAUGUGAAGAUAUUGAUGAAUGUGUAAACAACACUGUGUGUGACAGUCACGGGUUUUGUGACAAUACGCCCGGCUCCUUCCGCUGCCUCUGUUAUCAGGGCUUUCAGGCCCCACAGGAUGGGCAAGGGUGUGUGGAUGUGAACGAGUGUGAGCUGCUCAGUGGGGUGUGUGGUGAAGCCUUCUGUGAAAACGUGGAAGGGUCCUUCCUGUGUGUGUGUGCUGAUGAAAACCAGGAGUACAGCCCCAUGACUGGGCAGUGCCGCUCCCGGGACUCUGGAGUCUUAGAUGAAGAUCAACCCAAGGAAGAAAAGAAAGAAUGCUACUAUAAUCUCAACGAUGCCAGCCUCUGUGAUAACGUGCUGGCCCCCAACGUCACCAAACAAGAAUGCUGCUGUACUUCUGGGGCCGGGUGGGGAGACAACUGUGAGAUCUUCCCUUGCCCAGUGGUGGGGACUGCUGAAUUCACCGAAAUGUGUCCUAGAGGGAAAGGUUUUGUCCCCAGUGGAGAAUCCUCUUACGAGACGGGUGGUGAGAGCUAUAAAGAUGCGGAUGAAUGCAUGCUCUUUGGGCAAGAAAUCUGUAAAAAUGGCUUCUGUCUGAACACUCAGCCUGGUUACGAAUGCUACUGUAAGCAGGGGACAUACUAUGAUCCCGUCAAACUACAGUGCUUCGAUUUGGAUGAAUGUCAGGACCCCAGUAGUUGUAUUGAUGGCCAGUGCGUUAACACAGAAGGCUCUUAUAACUGCUUCUGUACCCACCCAAUGGUCCUGGAUGCUUCAGAGAAAAGGUGUAUACCCCCAACGGAGUCGCACGAACAAAUAGAAGAAACCGAUGUCUACCAGGACCUGUGCUGGGAACAUCUGAGCGAGGAGUAUGUGUGUAGCCGGCCCCUCGUUGGCAAGCAGACGACUUACACGGAGUGCUGCUGCUUGUAUGGCGAGGCCUGGGGUAUGCAGUGCGCGCUCUGCCCCAUGAAGGAUUCAGACGACUAUGCCCAGCUGUGUAACAUCCCCGUCACGGGACGCCGGCGCCCAUAUGGACGGGAUGCCUUGGUGGACUUCAGCGAACAGUACGCUCCAGAAGCCGAUCCCUACUUCAUUCAGGACCGUUUUUUAAAUAGCUUUGAGGAGUUGCAGGCUGAAGAGUGUGGCAUCCUCAAUGGGUGCGAGAAUGGCCGCUGUGUGAGGGUGCAGGAAGGUUACACCUGUGACUGCUUCGACGGCUAUCACUUGGACAUGGCCAAGAUGACCUGUGUUGAUGUAAACGAAUGUGACGAGUUGAACAACCGAAUGUCCCUGUGCAAGAACGCCAAGUGCAUCAACACCGAAGGCUCCUACAAGUGCGUGUGUCUGCCUGGCUACGUCCCUUCCGACAAGCCCAACUUCUGCACCCCAUUGAAUACUGCCUUGAAUUUAGACAAAGACAGUGACCUGGAGUAAAAGAGAAUCCACAUAACCGAAGCCCAUCUACUCUGCACUGUGUAAAGGAGAAGAGAGAAACGUAUUAUACUUGAGACAUUGCCCCUAGCCUGGACCGGCAGAAGUACGGCCCCGUGGUAGAGCUGUGUGUGUCCUCGGAAAGGAUCCAGCGCGAGCCUGACUGGUGUGUGACAGACCAAAUGGACGUUUCUCUGAAAAACCAGUAUAUAUAGUCUGUUCAUAUGUAAAAUUCAGUGGAAAAGAGGCGGAACAGUGCUGUUAUUUUAAACAGAAGGUUGUAUUAUGAUGUUUUGUUUUCACUAUUGCUUGAUUAAAUUCGGCAUUUAAAUAGUGGUGGAAAUAUUUUAUAUGAUUUUCAUUUUUUGGUUGUGCAGUUCCUUGGCUACUGUUUUUCUUCAGAUUUUUUUUUCAUUCUCAAGUGCACACGUCUUUGAUAAAAUAUUGUUAAACUGUAUUAUAAGUGUUGUUACACAGGGUUAUGUUAUUCCUGGUCUGGAGCAUUUUUUUUUUUUAAAUCCAAACCAUCUGUCCUGUGGAGCAGAUGGUGAAUUUUGUUUCAAAACUUUUAUACACAUUUGGAAGAAAGUGCUUUAUAUUUACGGCGUAUUGUCUGAUUUUAAUGUCCAUCCUUAGCCAAGCUGCUAGUAGGCGUCCAUUGGAUCCUUUGCUGCAUUGAAAUGGAAGAAUUAAUGAGCUUACAUUAGUAUUAUAAUUGUGUAAAGUCAGCCCAGCAAAAUUUUUUGGAAACUUGAUGAUCCCACCGUAUUUACCAUUGUAUGUUAAAGCAAAAUAAAUCACCAUUUUUUUAGAAAAAAAAAAAAAUCUACCUGAGAGUAACUGUCAGUGAGUAUCUGUGUCCAAGUUGUAUCCCCCUGCCCCACUGAUUUUUACAAAUGGUUCUCUAGUAAUGUAAAGGCGUUUACAGGCUAAUUAUUAAAUCUCUUAGAUAUUGUUAGGGACUGAAUUGUGUUCACUCCCAGAAUUUAUAUGAUGAUGUCCUAGCCCCCCAAUACCUCAGAAUGUGACUGUACUUGGAGACAGGGUCUUUAAAGAGGUAAUAAAGGUUAAAUGAAGUCUCUGGGGUGGGCCCUAACCCAGUACAACUGGUGCCCUUGUAAGAAGAGAUGAGGGGCACCUGGGUGGCUCAGUUGGUUGAGCGGCUGACUUUGGCUCAGGUCACGAUCCCGGACUUCCAGGAUCGAGUCCCGCAUCGGGCUCCCAGCUCCACGGGGAGUCUGCUUCUCCCUCUGACCUUCUCCCUCUCUCAUGUUCUCUCUCACUGCCUCUCUCAAAUAAAUAAAUAAAAUAUUAAAAAAAAAAAAGAAGAAGAAGAAGAAGAGGAGGAGGAGGAGAUGAAGACAGACAGAGGAAAGAGCAUAUGAAGUCCCAGGGAGAAGUCCGCCAUCUCCAAGCCAAGGAAAGAGGCCUCAGAAGAAAUCAGUCCUGCAGGACCUUGAUCUCAAACUUCUAGCCUCCUGAAUUAUAAGAAAAUUUUAUUUGUGUUAAAGCCACCCAAUCUGGUACUUUGUUACAACAGCCUUGGCAAACAGGAUAUAGAUGGCAGACAGAUAUCACAGGAACAGGGAAAACCGCUCUCAAGGUUCCAGUCCCUUCUUAAUACUCAGCUCUCAUUACGCAAUUGCUAAAGUGAGUUUCAAGAUCCAUUUUUCUUUUUACUUCAUAAAAGCAUCUGAGUUUAAAGAAAAACAAUGAAACCGUGUAUAGGGAUACCUAGCAGAAAAUCUCGUUUAACACUCUCCUGAAAUACAGGACUUUGUUUUUAAUACCUGUAGUAGGAAGAAUAGUGGGAUAUUGGAGAUGUCCAUGUCCUCUUUGCUAGAGCCUGGGACUAUGUUACCGUAUGUGGUAAAUGGAAAUUAAGGUCACAGAUGGAAUCAAGGUUGCAAGUCAGCCAUAAGAGGGAGGUUAUCCAGGUAGGUCCAGUGUCAUCACAAGCGUGGAAAAGGAAGAUAGAAAAGGAAAGGCUGGCAGAGGUGUGAGACGUAGGUGAGAAGGACUUCCCUCCCAUGCCAGCUUUGAAGGCGGAAGAAGAGGCAAGAGGGUAUGAGCCAACGAUGUGGCUAGCUUCUAGAAGCUGGAAAAGGGCAGGUCCCAUUCUCCCCUAGACCCUGCAGAAAGCACAACUCUCUUGACAUCUUGAUUUCCAGCCAGUAACAUGGAUCCACUUCUAACCUCUAGAGCUGUAAGAUGACAGAUGUGUGUUGUUGCAAGCCAUUAAACUUGCGAAUAAUUGGGUGCAGCCGUGACAGAAAUCUAAAACAACACCCGUGUAUCAUAAAAUAGACCUCUCAACAACUCUUUAUAUAUAGGAGAAACUUAACAAUAAUAGCCCUCAAACUCGGCACAAGCAUUUUAAAUAAAAUGACUUGUUGGCGCAGGUCUUGAAUUAGAUUCCAAAUGUUAGCAUAGUGGGAAUCAUGGUGGAUGUUUGAGAAGCACCAAGACUAUCAACGAAGUAGAUUGGCUGUGGGAUGUUGCUGGCCAGCUGGCAUGCUUGUGUUCAGUGCAUUUCCACAAGGCUUUCCAUGUCUUUUUUUCCAUUGUUUUUACCUAGUUUUGUGCACAUACCCCCAAAAACAUGUUGUGUUUGUGAUAAUGUAUGAUUCUUUUAGCUCC